GACUGACACAUGAGAGGGCUGGCUUUUUGGAGGGCUCUUAGCAACGACCCUGGUGUGACCCUCCUGAGCUAGGAGAAAAUCGAAUCAGUGCAUCAUUCUUUCAAACGCCAUGCAGCAGCAGCGGCUGCACGUCAAGGCAGCCUUCCCCUCUGCCUGUUAAUUAUCGGCUCUUUUGCAUCUCAGGGUUCCUGCCUUUGCAAAGUGCUACUAGAGGGGAGAUGGCUAACCGGGGCCCAAGCUACGGCUUAAGCCGAGAGGUGCAGGAGAAGAUUGAGCAGAAGUAUGACGCUGACCUGGAGAACAAGCUGGUGGACUGGAUCAUCCUGCAGUGCGCUGAGGACAUAGAGCACCCGCCGCCCGGCCGGGCCCAUUUUCAGCAAUGGUUAAUGGACGGGACGGUCCUGUGCAAGCUGAUAAACAGUUUAUACCCCCCUGGACAAGAGCCCAUUGCCAAGAUCUCAGAGUCCAAGAUGGCUUUUAAGCAGAUGGAGCAAAUCUCCCAGUUCCUGAAGGCCGCGGAGACCUAUGGUGUCAGGACCACUGACAUUUUUCAGACAGUGGAUUUAUGGGAAGGGAAGGACAUGGCAGCUGUGCAGAGGACCCUGAUGGCUCUAGGCAGUGUUGCGGUCACCAAGGAUGACGGCUGCUACCGGGGAGAGCCGUCCUGGUUUCACAGGAAAGCCCAGCAGAAUCGAAGAGGAUUUUCAGAGGAGCAGCUUCGCCAGGGACAGAAUGUGAUAGGCUUGCAGAUGGGCAGCAACAAGGGCGCCUCCCAGGCGGGCAUGACCGGGUACGGGAUGCCCAGGCAGAUCUUGUAAGACCACAGUCUCUAAGACAAAGAAAUAGUUAGUCACCUUCUGACCUUUCUCAAAGCCUCCUGUCCCUGGUUUUUGCAAGUGCUGCAUUUCUGCUGAGAAUCCGCGUUGCCUACCGCUGCCACCUUGUGUUCAUUUAGAACUAUGCAAAGACUCCGCUUCCUCCUCCUCGGCUCCUCCUUGGCCCUCAAGUCUCCGUUCGUCUGAUUAUUUAUUUAUUUAUUUGCCAACAAUUUCCCUCCUCCACUUACAGAACACACCGAAUAAACGGAUUAGUCUUGUGUCUUAAA